CCUCUCAUUCCCCAGUCGGACGUUCUAGGUCGCCGACUCGCCCUUCUCCUUCCGUCACUCCACGCCGCUGCGACGCAAGUACGGUACGGCGAGGACGAGAAGCAGCGGCGCGAGUGCGCCACACGCUGGCUGGGAGCGGCCGCCGACGGCGAAUACCCACCAGGUACACCGGUCCGGUCCGGGAGCUGGGGAGGAAGCUAGGGGAGUGGGACCGGAGAGCGCAAUCGGCAGAGAUCAGAGAGGGUUCAUCCGGGGAUGCCCACAAUGGGAGCAGGAACAUCCACCAACCAGGUGCUGCAAGGUGCCUCUUCGCAACGUCACAACGGGGGCAGCAGUCAACAACUGUCCUGGUCUUCUCUGCAUGCUGAUCUGCUCAAUCUGAUCGCGGACAGGGUUAUCGCAACCGACUUGUUGGACUACGUCAGGUUCCGAGCGGUGUGCGUCGGCUGGCGUGACAGCACUCCCUGCCCACACGGCCAUGGGGUGGUUGACCCGCGCUUCCACCCGCGCCAAUGGAUGAUGUUCCCGGAGGGCAGCGGGCUGCAGCCUGGCCACGCUGCUUUGGGUGGCUACGUCCGCUUCUUCAACGUCUCCACUGGCGCCUUUGUCCGUGUCCACCUCCCUUGCCUCGAGAACCAUUCCGUGCUUGACUGUCCCGAGGGCCUCCUACUGCUGGAGCACGAAAAGGACUCUGCCAUGUGCCUCCUUCACCCCUUCACUGGUGAUGUGGCCGAGUUCCCUCCCCUAUCCUCCCUCAUCCAGCAGCUGAUCAAGGUGCAUUUCAACAAAGGCCAGAAUACUGCCCAAUUAAGGUGUGGCUUAUUCAAUAUCUUUGCGGCUAUCUCUGUCCGUGUGGAUCACACUGUCACAGUCAUGCUCGCGAUCAGCAACGUUGGGCACGUGGCAUAUGCAUCCACCGGUGACCGGCAAUGGACUCUCGCAAGCUGGGAAAUGAGUGGCAUGUGGACAGCAGUCCCAUUCCAUGGCAGCUUCUAUGUGGUGAGGGAGUGGAAACGUAACCCGUCGAUCAUGCGCAUCGAUCCACCGGACGGAUCCAGCCCUUCCUUUUGGUCGUCGACACCGCCGCAAAAGGUUGCCACAUGCCCAACCGAGCAGAUGACUAAGCCUUACCUGGUGGUGUGCAAUUCUGAGCUUAUUCUAGUCGGUUAUGCAGACAAACACUCCAGGCUUGUGGCUCUUCGGCUUGCUGACCUCCUGUUCGGAGUCUCUGCAGUACCAUUGAUGAGCAUCGGUGACAACGCCCUCUUCAUUGGCCCUAGGAACAUGACUGUCAACUCCAAGAACCUACCGUGCGUCCAGGGGAACUCCAUCACCAUCCUUACUACUUCGGGUAGCGAUGGUCAACUGCUCCAAUACGAUCUGGCAAAAGGUACCCGGUCAGUGGUUUGCGAUGGGAACUUUCUAAAGUUCAGCUGGCCUAUACCGAGGCCAUAUAGCCUUGUCCACCACAUUGUCACUUGCUGCCACCGUCUUUUCUGGAGCAGUGGUCACAUCUGGUGUGACAACGAAACUGAGGUUUACAUGCAGUGGGGUGCCAGAGCACGCGCAAGAGUCCCAGUCUCCCUAUAUCUUCAUCUGCUUCAAGUGCAUGACGGAAGAAAUUUCUGACUGUGCCCAUCCACGUGUUUACCACUACAGUGUAUCUACUCUCGUGAUGAUAUUUCAGUCUCUUGCUCUGGAACGCACACAGAAAAAUGCUUCAUUAUUGUGCUCUGUCGUUAACUGGUAAACUAUGCUUCCACAGUGUGCUGUGACCUUCAGUAGAUGUACUCAUUAAACAUUAACUCAUGAUGCUGAAUUGCUAGUGAGUUGCAUCUUUUCAGCCUAGGUGCCAAAAACUGCGUAUCUAACAGAGUUGUCCUCAUCAUGUUUUAGAUGCAUGUUUCCACAGUCCAACGUGCUUUUGCUGUUCAGUUCCUGUUUCAGCUUGCUCUUUGUUGUUCUCAAUUCAAAUUCAGCUGCUAGGUUACAGAGAAAGAGAAGAAUGAAAUGGAGCAGUUCAGAAUAAUAGGAAACACAUCACAGAACUGACACGUUCUGGCUGCACAUUUGUGCAGUUCA